GUCAAAAAUACGGGAACACUGCCAUAUGGAGAUAAUCCUCUGACGUUUACAGUAACUGACGACUGCGGACAAACAGACACAGGGACCUUAACAAUAUCCGUCACCAACAGUGAACCUGUUAUAGUUAAUUUGCCGGCUACAGCGGUCAUUACAUAGGAGCAGGCUGAUGAGCAGCUUCAACAUACCCUUAAUGUGAUAGACGAGUCUCCUACUGACACUAUAGCUUUCAGUAUAGCUAAUUCUGAUCCCAACACAGAUAACUUCUUCUCCAGGAUUGUGUCUGGUUCCAACAGUUACGGGAUCUAUAUUCAGGCCCUACCAUCGUUGUCCUACGUAACAGCGCGUCAGUACGUAUUGACUAUAAAUUGUACGGACACAAAAGACACAGCCCAGGGGACAUUUACUGUUUGCGUCACAAAGAACAACCCACCAGUAUUUACCAAUCUUCAAGCCACGCAAACUAUCGCUACAUCCAUCACCAUUGGUUCAGUAAUAUACACAGUGACGUCAACAGAUUCGGAUUCAAACCAACUUUAUUAUAACAUGACGUGUGUCCCCACGGGUUGUCCAUUCAAUAUCCAUAAUUCAGGAGAAAUUCUGGCUACCUCGGAUUUAUCUCAGCAUACAGUACCUGGGUAUGAUUUGUACGUCUAUGUCAGUGAUGGAAAAACUCUUGUAGGACCACGAACACUCACUGUGAUUAUUACAGGUAUAAACUCGGUCCCCGUGAUUACAAACCUACCCCUGGCGGCACCCAUCACUGUGCCGGAGAACUCCGCUCUCUCUAUGUCCGUAUUUCAAGUCUCCGUGUCUGACGUGAACACGGCUGACAACCACACCUACGCGGCUUCUUACAACCAUAGCCUGGGAUCCACACUUUUCUCACUCAACUCUGCCACUGGACUUGUUUCAACCUCAUCCACACAAAACAUUAACUUCGAGUCUGUGUCUACCACUGCCACAACUUACGUCAUUAUCAUCACCGCCACCGACGGACAAGCUACCGCUACAGGCACGCUCAGUGUCGUCAUCACUGACCAAAACGAGGCUCCUGUGUUCGGGAAGGCUUCUUAUGCUAUUUUUGGCAACGAGGGAUCGGCGAGGUCCACAGUGGGAGAUCCUUCGUUUGACGUCACUGAUCCUGAUACUGGCGAAACUCUAUCUUACUCAAUUGAUUGUUCAAUGUUUCUUAUAAAUGCAAGCACCGGAGUAAUAUCUUUUAGUCAUGACUACGAUUUAGAUAGAGCUGGCACAGCCUCCACUGUCACGUGCACUGUGACUGUAACAGACGGAGAUCUGUCAGACACGGCGUCAUUGGUUGUUACCAUCAAUGACGUCAACGAUAACACGCCCACUUUCGGAAGCUCCACCUACACUUUUUAUACUCAGCCUAACACAGGAGUUGGAACAGUUCUUGGGUCUAUAGCAGCCACUGAUGGGGAUGUGGGAUCAUUCGGUACGACCUCUGUGACCAUUGUUACUUCAGAAUCCACCACUGCUACGCCUUCCUCCACCACGGAUCGGCACGUGACUUUCCUGGAAGAUUCUAGAAAUGUUGCUUGGUUGACGGUAGCGAUUGUUCUUUUGACGGGUCUGGUUUUAUUCUGCGGAUAUCUGUUCGCUCGGUUUGGAAGUUUUCCAUGUAAGAAUGGUUCUUACAAACCAAACGCAACGUACGUAACUUUAAGAUUUAUGAAUACGAGUCUACGUCCAUAG